AUGUCCGCUGUAAAACGUUUUGUUGACAGUGUAGUUAUUAUAACUGGAUCUUCUGCAGGUAUUGGAAGGCAAACUGCUUUAGAAUUUGCUAGGGAAGGAGCUUCUGUUGUUAUACAUGGGCAAUGUAGGGAAAGACUUGAAGAAACAGAAAAAUUGUUAAAUAAGGAAGGAAUUGGUCCAAAACGAAUACUUAGCAUUAUUGGGCAAUUAGAGAGAGAAGAAGUGCCUAAACAAAUUUUAGAACAAACACUUGAUAAAUUUGGGAAAAUUGAUGUUUUGGUAAACAACGCCGCAGCUGGUUGUAAACCGGGGAUAACUUUCAAAGCUGGCUCUGACGCAAAUUCUUUAGCUAAUUUAGACUAUUUAUUUGCGGUUAAUUUGAGAAGUGUUGUUCAAUUACUUGAAGGCGCUCUCCCUUAUUUGGAGGCAACUAAAGGAAAUGUUGUUAACAUUUCUACGAGUGGCGCCCUUCGACCUUUACGUUCUGCUGCUUUCUAUUGUGCACUUAAAAGUGCUUUAAAUACUUUAACUGAAAGUUAUGCACAGAUUUGGGGUCCAAAAGGUGUUAGAAUUAAUAAUGUUAGCCCUGGACCUAUUAAAACAUUAAUUUUUGAACGCAACGGAAUUUGCGGGACAAGGAAAGAACAGGCAAGUUUUGAUACAAAAAAUAAUGUCGAGACUAGGCAUAAAAAAUGGGUAGAAUCAGCAACAUUAAUGGGAAGAUAUGGAAAUGUUGAAGAAGUUGCUGCUGUUAUUAAAUUUUUGGCUAGUAAAGAAGCAAGUUUUGUUUGUGGGGCUAAUUGGUUAGUAGAUGCUGGAAUGGCUAUAAAAGCAAUACCUGUUGAUAUUAGUGGAGAAAUUAUUUGGAAAAAUUAG